AUGGAGAGGUUUGGGCCCUUAAGUGUAAUCUUUGACGCACAGCCCCGACCCCCUUCAGGAAUGGUAGACAUGAGUGGACCCACAUUUGGUAAUUACGACGAGUGUGUCAAUAUUGAAAGUCCCGAUGAAGAAGAUAAACCUAAAAUCUAUGGACAAUACUGUGGAAUGGAUAUCAGGGAAAAUAUGGAUAUAAGUCCCCAUUCAGUGCCCCGGGAAUAUCUGGAAAACAUUGGCCAGAAAUUGCCCGAAAGCUCUGCUUUCAAUUACAAAAACUUUUUCAGACAAUUCUUUGAAAACUACAGGAAAGUUAUCUAUCGUAUGACACCCAAUGAUCUCUCGGAAGGCAUUGAGUUCAUUGAUAACCAGUUGUUUGAUAACAUUAAACUAAUGAACGGACUUUGUUUGCCCACCACUUGUAAGGCUAGCGAUGUGUCCGCAGCCCUCACCGAAUUCUCGUAUCCAAUUACUCGACUUCCGAUCAUUUUAGACGACGACUGCGAUUAUUUGGGAAAACCUAUUAAACUCAAUAAAUAUCAAAUAGUCUCAGUUGUGGCCAUCAGUGCUGUUGUGAUCACAAAUAGUGCCAAAUCUAUGUUUAGUCUUGAACAAUACGGAAAAUUCAAGGCAUUGGACGGAUACCGGGCCUGUCUUACCAUUUGGGUGGUUAUACUUCACACCUAUGAGUUUGGUAAUUAA